AUGGGCCGCCUGGUGUACGGCCUCUCCAAACACAAUGACGUCUAUUGCAACGAGGAUGACUACGAUGUUCCGAGCCCCGAGACGUUUCAGACGGAAGGCAGCAGCUACCGCAAGGUGAAGCUGUUGAACAUAAUAAUGGUGCGCCGGGGCAAGUGCUCCUUCACUACGAAGGUGAAGGUGGCACAGGACAAGGGCGCCCACGCAGUGAUCAUCGUGGAUCGCGAGGACUCGACCCUGACGGCCCAGAGCCUGUCGAAUAUCAUCGUGGCCGACGACGGCUACGGCAGCAGUGUAUACAUUCCCUCGGUCCUGAUCUCCAAAGAGGACGGCCAGGAGCUCAUCAGCGCCGUCCAGUCCACGGAGGUCGUGAUCGAGUUGGCGUGGAACUUGCCAACCGAUCAUGUGGUCACCAUGGACAUGUGGAUGAGCUCGGGCUCCAGCCAGUCCAUGCAAUUCCUCAAGGAGUUUGCCCCGAAGCGGCGGGUCCUGAACGAGGUCAUGAUCUUCAACCCUCAUUACGCUGUCUUCUCCAUGGACACCAAUGACCCAGCAGUGUACUCCGGGGUCUGCUUGGAUAGUGCAGGAAGCAAGGGCGAGUUCUGUGCGGAGGAUCCAGAUGGUGCGGGGGAUGUGACGGGCAAGGAGGUCCUUGAGGAGGAUGUGCGGCAGCUGUGCAUUCACGAAGCCAAGAAGGUCGCCAGGACGAGCAUGGAGGUCAGCAGAGGUGGUCAGAUCGUCGAGUAUGCAAAGGAGUACUGGGACUACAUGGAGAAGUAUCCGGUCAGGUGCCCCGUGGAUGGCACUGGGGCCAAGAAGUUCGGCCAGGAGUGCUCCAUCGCGGUCAUGAAGGAGGUCGGCGUCGACCCGGAUGAGAUCAUCCAGUGCGCGAUGACGACCAAGGUGGAGAAGUUGAGGCAACAGCUCCGAGACACGGCUUGGUCGGACCAAGCGAUCCGGGUGAACGGCUGGCGCUUCAAGGGCAUCGUCACAGCCGACCUCGUCGUCCGUGCGGUGUGUUCUGGAUUCAUCCACCAGCCCUCGGAAUGCGCUCAGCUCAUAGAGAAGCGGGACGUUUUCCGGCCUUACGUUGUUGCCCCCAGUGGCGGGGUGAGCUUCGGAGAGCUCCUCGCCUGGCUCCUGGCCACGGUAGCCUUGGGCUUCGUCUGCAUGUUGAUGUACAAGCGGUAUCUGAAGAAGGAGAUGCGCACCACCCUCAGAGAGGAGGUCAUGCUGGAGGUGCAGGCCCAGAUGGGGGAGUAUGCUCAGCUCCGGGGCGCAUGA